AUGUCUGUAUCAUUUGUGAAUCUACCAGAGGGGGUGUUUGUUUCUGGCCUGGUCCUGAUCGAUCACAGCCAUGAGCGCUAUGUUAUCGGGUACAUACAUGGGGGUAAUAUGGUUGACAUUCAUCUUCCUAAUGCACAACAUAUCCAAGGCUGGGAGCUUGCCUUGCAUACAUCUGGCGUUAAAGCAAUGGCUCUUAUCUAUGAGGAUGGGGUACUAUCUAGCUGGGCCGGCGACCCGGCUGGUACUCCACGAUGGCGCUUAGCUGGAGCCCCCGGCCUUUUAGCAAUCAAAGCUGAGUUUGAUGCCAUAAAGCUCGUCAAACUUAGCCGACAAGGCUCACUUGAUGAGCUCAGCUGGCGCAAGAACUGCCUCUGGUAUCCUCAAGUUCCACCGAUGGGACUUCUUUACGAUUGGAACAAGGGCGAUAAGCCACCAAGCGAAUUUAGACUCCCUUUCACAGGCGUCUUCUUUGGUGAAGCUGAUGACAUGUAUUCAUCAACCCUUACUGAGAUCGUUGCUUGGAUCUUUGAUGUCUGCUAUAUCUCCGGCAUGGAAUUCCGCUUUGCUAAUCCCUCCCAUAACCGGCAGCUUGGUCACACUGGUCCAUUUGACGAAGAGUUCCCUGGACGACGAAACUUCUCGGACUCACAUGAUUCAAAUGUGUCAUUAAUAAUAGAUGGAGGUGCUGGAGAACGACUAAAGAGUCUUGAGGUUCAAGAACGAGGAGCGACUGUCGUGGGCAUGAAGGUACCCAAGCCAAACGAAACCUCGCUCGUCAAAAAUCGGUUGCUUACUCUUCUAGAUAAACACUACUUUCAAUCGACAUGUACAAACUCCGCGAUAUCCUUAUGGAAUACAAAAAGGUUGGGUGACAGUCCAACCUAA